AUGAAUAAUUAUACAUAUCAAAUUUAUUUUUACAAGCUUUAGGAUGGGCAUAAUUUUGCAUUUGAUCUUCGUGCAUUAGAUUUAAAUGACAAAAUAGCAGACUUUAAUCAUUUCUUUAGCAAUACUGAAGAAUAAUUUGAAGUAGAAGUUAUUUUAGGUUCUGGAAUUGGAUAAUUAGUAGAUAAAUCUACUUUUUUAGAUGAUUCUUACGAUAGGAUUAGGUAUAAUCUCUCAUUUGUUAUGAAUUACGUUAAGAAUUCCUUUGGGUUAUAAAUGGUUUCAGUUUUCAAGUUCUAAAAUCUGGAUUGCUUGCUAAAUAUAGAAGACAUUUUAUUUCAACUUAUCAGAGACUAAUAGUAAUUGAAAGAAUUAAGUAUUAGCUCAAGAAAAGAAUUAUCUAGUCUUUUAUUUAACUCAUUACUUGAAUCAAUAAGUUUCAACAGGGAAACAUUAGAAAAACUAAAUUUAGUAUUUAGUGUGAAAGAUGAUCUAACAGAGAUUUAAAUUCCUAGUCAAUUAUCUUCUAUCAAGCAUUUAUCUCUUUCCAAUUUAUCUUCAAAGGUUUAAUCGAAUGUUUUUAAAAUUGCAAAAAGCAUUGAAGAAAUAGAUAUUUCUAAUAGCUAUAGUUCUCGUUUAUCAACUGAGACAAUAGUUGAUGGAUUACAUGUAACAAAAAAUUCUUUACAAAAAUUGCAUCUUGCUUUAGAAAUAAAUAACCAUUUGUCGAGCAAAAACUGUUUAAAACAAAUUGAAAAAUUGCAGAAUUUGAGAAGCUUAUUCAUACAAACAGUUAAUCUAAAAAACGAAAAUUUAGAUAUUCAGAAGCUAAAGAAAUUAGAAAAGUUAAGUCUAAUUUUCUCUGAUGCAAUCGAUUACUUAUCAAAUCAUUCUAAUCUUAAUCAAAUCUAAGAAUUAGAAAUAGUUGUAGGAAUGUGUGAUGCAAGCAAAUUAAAAGUUAAUAAUUUAAAGAAUUUGAGAAAUUUACAUAUAUAAGUCAAACAAGCAUUUUAAAAGGAAACAAAAAAUACAAUAAGCUGCUUAGAAAAAUUUUGUUAAAUAGCUCAUUAAUUGGAUGAGUUUAAAUUAAAUUUUAGUGAAUCAAGUUUCUUCAAGGUAAGCAUAAUGAACUAAUCAUUAAUAGAAUCAAUUGGAUAAAUAUUUGAAAAGUCAAAAAGAUUUGAAUUAGCUUAAGCGUUUAUGAAAAUUAAAAACUAUCAAGAUUUUACUCUUAAUAAUUUAUGCCUUUAUGAAGAAUUACAGCAUGAAAAUAAAAAGUUUGGUUUUGUAUUUGAUCUUCGUGCAUUAGAUUUAAAUGACAAAAUAACAGCCUUUAAUCAUUUCUUUAGCAAUACUGAAGAAUAAUUUGAAGUAGAAGUUACUUUAGGUUCUGGAGUUGGAUAAUUAGUAGAUAAAUCCACACUAUUAGAUGAUUCUUACGAUAGGAUUAGAUAAAAUCUGAUGUUUGUUAUGAAUUACGUUAAGGAUUCCUUUGGGCUAUAGAGGAUUUCAGUUUUUACAUUCAUGAAUCUUGAUUGCUUGUUUAACAUAGAAGACAUUUUAUUUUAGCUGAUUAGAGACCAAUAGUACUUGGAAGAAUUAAGUAUUAGCUCAAGAAAAGAUUUAUCUAGUGUUUUAUUUAACUAACUACUUGAAUCAAUAUGUUUCAACAGGGAAAGGCUAGAAAAACUAAAUUUAAAAUUUAGCGUGAAAGAUGAUAUAACAGAGACUCACAUUCCUAAUAAAUUAUCUUCUAUUAAACAUUUAUCUCUAUCCUAUUUAACUUCAAAGGUAUAAUUGAAUGUUUUUAAAAUUGCAAAAAGUAUUGAAGAAAUAGAAAUUUCUAAUAGCUAUAAUUCUCGCUUAUCAAUUGAGGCAAUAGUUGAUGGAUUACAUGUAACAAAAAAUUCUUUAUAAAAAUUGCAUCUUGCUUUAGAAAUAAAUAACCAUUUGUUGACCAAAAACUGUUUAAAACCAAUUGAAAAAUUACAGAAUUUGAGAAGCUUACAUAUAGAAACAGUUAAUCUUAAAAACUAAAAUUUAGAUAUUCAGAAGCUUAAGAAAUUAGAAAAGUUAAGUCUAAUUUUCUCUGAUGCAAUUGAUUAUUUAUCAAAUCAUUCUAAUCUUAAUCAAAUCUAAGAAUUAGAAAUAGUUGUAGGAAUGUGUGAUGCAAGCAAAUUAAAAGUUAGCAAUUUAAAGAAUUUGAGAAAUUUACACAUUGUAGUCAAAUAAAUUUCACAAAAAGAAACAAAAAAUACAAUAAGCUGCAUAGAAAAGUUUUGUUAAAUAGCUCAUUAAUUGGAUGAACUAAAAUUAGAUUUUAGUGAAUCAAGUUUCUUCAAAAUAAAUAUAAUGAACUAAAUAUUAAUAGAAUCAAUUGGAUUAAUAUUUGAAAAGUGUAAUGAAGAGACUAAAGUGAGUUUUAUUAAUAGAAACUGUUCAUUUAAUACAGCAAAAAGAUUUGAAUUAGCUUAAGCUUUUAUGAAAGUCAAAAACUAUCAAGAUUUUACUCUUAAUGAUGUAUGCAUUUACUAAGAAUUAUAACAUGAAAAUGAAAUUUCUAGUUAUGUCUUAUAGAAUAAAUUUCCUUACUAUUUAUCAUUAUCUUCUUUAUGUCAAAACCUAACAGAAAAGAAAGUAGUAGAUUUUGAUUGGAAUUAUUUAAAUGAAAAUUACUCUCUCCUGAAAAAUCUAAAAUCUUUUUUUUCAAAAUUUAAAAAAUUUUCUAUUUCAUAAAUGCCAUAUUAUAGAUAUGUAGAUAAAACAUCGGAAAAUUUUAUAUAAAUCCUUCCUGAAGAAGUAACUUUUAUCAAACUAUCUAAACAAUUCUCUUUAAAGCGCUUAAUAAAGAAUUCAAAGAAUUUCAAGUAAUUAAAACAAAUAUAAUUUGAAGAAACUGAAAUAGAUAGGUAUGAUACUUAAAUCAGUUCGCUAAAAGAAGCUUUCAAUCAAAAUUUGUAUUUAAAAUUUACUCAUAUAUUUACACAUUAUUCAUACGAAAAUUAAUAUUAAAAAUUAUUUGAACUUUAAAAUUACAUCAUUGAAAUCAAAAUAAAUUCUAGUUUUAGUUAAAAAGAUAUCACUGAACUUUUUGAUCUGAUUUUAAAUUAAAAGAAUAUUAUAUACUUAAAUCUUGAACACGCUUAUGAUUAUCAAAUUUCCUAUGAUGAUUUCCUAGAGGGAAAACAAUCUAUAGAUAAAUAUACACAUUUAAUAACAAAUUACUCAAAUAAUGUGCAAAUUUAAGUUUUAACUAUCAGUGCAUUUAAUAACCAUUUUAUUGAAUUUAUUAACUUAAAUCCAAAAUUGCUCUAUUUAGAUUUAUAUUAUUGA